AUGGAGCUUCAACUGGUGGCACUACUAUUGGUUCUUCUUCCUGUGAAACCACUGUCACUGGCAAUGAAAUUCAAACUUCCUCCUCAAUCACUUGAAAGGAUAAGCAAGAUCCAGGCAGUCAAAUGGAGAGUCAGUUAUCACAAGAAAAAAGCUCAGUGGAAUUAUGUUUUGGAUAUUAGUAAAAAUAAUAGUAGUCUUUGGGUUCUACUAGGAGACCUUAAUUUUCAUAUUUCUGAUACUGAUAAUAAUGUUUCUUCCUCUAUUGAUGGAUGGGUCAAUAAGACUGUUUCUGAAUGUGGUUUAGAAGACUUAGGUUAUUCUGGCAAAAGUCACACUUGGACCAGCAACAAUUUAGGUACAUGUGAUAGAAAAUAUAGAAUAGACAUGGCACUAGGCAAUAGUGAUUGGAAUAUUUCUUUUCCUAAUUCUAAAUUAUAUCACCUUAACCAAGUUGGUAGUGAUCAUAGUCCAAUUAUGUUUGUUACAGAUUCUAGUAUACCUAACUGCUGGAAGCCUUUUAAGUUUUUUCUAACUUGGCUUAAUGAUGAUUCUUGUUUUAAUGUAAUUGCUAAUGCUGGGAAGACUGAAUUUAAUGGCUCCCCAGCCUUUCAGUUCACUAAUAAAAUGAAUAUCACUAGGAAAACUUUAUCCAAAUGGAACAGAGAACAUUUUGGUAACAUUCAUCAGCAGGUUAAUUCUCUACAGCAGCAGUUAACUGUAUUACAAGCUCAACCACACAACUCUCAGGCAGAUGAUCAAAUUCAGACAUCAAGAGAAGAGAUUUCAUCUCAUCUUACAAGCCAUUUCAGUAGUAUAAGUUCAAGUACAAUUCUUGAGGAACACGUUUAUUCAGUUCUUCCAACAAUCAUUACCGCAGAAGAUAAUAUUAUUCUGACAAGUAUUCCCUCUUCAGAUGACAUUUUUUCUUCUUUAAAAAGUAUGGAAAAUUGGAGUUCUCCAGGGCCAGAAGGGUUUCAAGCAGGGUUUUACAAAAGUCAAUGGAGCUCUAUAGGUGAAGAUGUUUGCUUAAUGGUCAAGAAAUUCUUUGAAACAAAAAAUUUGUCAAGGAAAGUUAAUAAAACUUAUAUUUCUCUCAUUCCAAAGAAGAAGAAAUCUAUGUGUGCAGCAGAUUACAGACCCAUUGGAUUAUGCAAUACAUUCUAUAAAAUAAUUUCUAAGAUUCUUGUAAGCAGGAUGAAACCAUUAAUGGAGAAGAUCAUAUCUCCAUAUCAGGCAACAUAUGUUUCAGGCAGAUUAAUUAGUGACAACACAGUAAUAGCUCAAGAAAUUAUUCAUUCUAUGAAGAAAAAAAGGGGUCAAAUAGGAUGGAUGCACUUAAGCUGGAUAUGUCAAAAGCAUUUGACAGAUUGGUGGAACUUGCUUCUUAAAGUUCUUAACUAUUUUGGGUUUAGUGAUGAUUUCUGUGACUUGAUUCACCAGUGCAUAAGUACUUCAAUUCUUUCAAUUCUUAUUAAUUGUUCACCUUGUGAUGAAUUCAAGCACACAAGAGGAAUUAUACAAGGUGACCCUCUUUCACCUUAUCUAUUUAUUCUGGAUAUGGAAUUUCUCUCAAGACAUCUAGUUGCAACUCAACAAGACAAAACUAUUCAAGGUAUUAAAGUGGCUUGUAAUGCACCAGCCAUCAAUCAUUUGCUAUUUGCAGAUGAAUGCCUGAUUUUCACUCAGGCAAAUCUUACUUCUGUCAACAAUCUGCUCAACAACUUCAGCACUCAGUCAGGACAAGUUAUAAACUUUGAGAAAUCUGCAGUUUACUUCAGCAAGCAUACAAAAACAGAAGAAGGAAGGUCAACUAUGAUCAAGCAUGUCUUAAAUGCAGUCCCUACUUAUCAAAUGGGCACCUUCAAGCUCCCUAAUCAACUCAUUAAUAAGCUUACUUCCAUAGAGAGACAUUUCUUUUGGGGCCAUAAAUCUAAUAAAGGUGCUAACCCCAUAUCUUGGCUCAAGAUAUGUGAAUCAAGAGAUUUUGGUGGACUGGCUUUCACAUAUCCAGAAAAGCUUAAUUUGGCUCUGCUAACAAAUAUGGCUUGGAGAAUCUGUACUGAAUCAAGUAAUCUAAUGGUGCAGCUUAUAAGGAAGAAAUAUUUUAGAAAUGGGGAUAUUCUACAUCAAAAGAUUGAGGCUAAAAACUGCUCAUAUUCUUGGAAUGACAUUGCUAAAGACCAAUUAUUUGAUGACAACACUUCUGCUAGAAUUCAGAGUAUGUUUCUUGAUGUGACAAAGGAAGACAAGAUGAUAUGGAUGCCUUCAAAAGAUGGUAAAUUCUCUGUUAAGAGCACUUACAAUAAGCUUACUAGCUGGGAUGGAGAAGUUAAUGUCAAUGGAAGAAUCAUUCAAUUUGUGGUUUGGAAAGCACUGUGGAAAUCUGGAGCUACUCAUAGAAUUAAGCUCUUCAUUUGGAAAUGUAUUAGGGAGAUUAACCAGACAAGGGAUAAACUGGCAGUCUAUAAUAUAGAGCAGGAAAAAAAAUGUGGUAGUCGUGGUAGUUGUACUGAAACUAUUGAGCAUUUUUUACUGGAAUGCAAACAUGCCAGAGAUGUGUGGAGAGGGGUGAACAUCAAUAUUGAUGCAAUCAGAAACAAUUGUACAAGUGUAUCAGAAUGGUGCACAAGUUGGUUCACAACAGAUAAUAGUACAAAUGAGCAUUGGAUGUUUACAUUAAUGAUUGGUGCAUGGAUCAUCUGGAAGGACAGAUGUGAUUCAAUCUUCCAGGGAAUAUCUCUAAACCCAAUUAAUUUUGUGCAUAAAAUUAACUAUCAUUUGAUUUCUCAUCUGAAGUCACAUAACAUUGUACAUGAACAUAUGCAUAGCAUUACAUCACAUUGGGUACCUCCUUAUCCAGGCAUUAUUAAAAUUAAUGUUGAUGCACCAUUCGACAGCUUUACUAGCAAAAUAGGAACUGGACUAAUCAUUCGUGAUGAAACAGGUGAUUGUAUAGGGAUCAAAGGAAGUUUCACACAUGGAGCAUUAAAUCCAGAAGAAGGAGAAUGUAUGGAAAUCCAUGAAGCACUAGCAUGGGCAAAGAAGAAAUCUUACUUCAAAAUCCAAAUAGAAGAAGAUGCUACACUGGUCAUUCAAUCUCUUACGGGCACCACUUCUUUAAUUCAGUGGGAAAACAGAAAUAUUUUGAAAGAUAUUAAACAUUUAUCUUUAUGUUUUAGUUUUCGUAGUUUUUCAUUCAUCAGCAGAGAUGACAAUCAAGUAGCAGGUGAACUGGUUAAUCAGUUAAAACUUCAGAAUUAG